AUGGAAGAAAUUGCUGAAGAUUUGUCAUUGAAUUAUUUGACUGAUAGAUUUAGAUUACCCAACUUUGAAACCUAUAUCGAAGCAUCUCACAAUAUGGAUGAAAACCAAAUAGAUAAAUUUAUACAACUAAUAGAUGACAACCUUGGUGAUUUAUAUGUUGAAAGUGAACAAUAUAACUGGAAGAAUAAUAAGAAAGAGGAAAUGUUAGAACCAGGGCUCGUAUAUAUCUGGUUCACUGAAACUACACCAGAAGAAGAAGAAGAAGAAGAACUAGUAGGUUUUUUAUCAUUCAAAUUAUGUGAAGACGUUGAUGAUGUAUUUGUAUUAUACUUAUUUGAAAUCCAUUUGACACAAAAAUACCAAGGCCAGAAAUUAGGACAACUGUUAAUUGAUCAAUUUCACGAAUUUGCCAAGAGUUUACAAAAUUCAUCUCAUGAAUUAUAUCUGAUGUUACAAGGUACUGCUUUAACAGUUUUUUCUAACAAUACAAGGGCUCUCAAUUGGUAUAAGAAAAUGAAUUACGAAUUGACUGAAGGAUCACCUAUGGAUAGAAAAUUAAGAAAUGGUACUGUAAUUAAGCCUGUUUUAUAUUUGAUGCGAAGAGAAUUGUAA